AGGUCCUUCAAACACACGACGACGAGUUGAUUACAUAGGAAAGUCAAAUCUUCACAACUGUACGUAUAAUAUCGAAAAAUACACAAGCGCUACGGAACUUCCUGCUGGGCGGAUACAUGAAAUUGUUGACUGACGAUAUUCGCAUCCUAUAGAACAGCUUCCAAUCCUUCCUCAUUUAAUACCUCCCCUCACUUCUCGACGAAGGUCAAACUAUAGCAAUCAUGGAUAUGGAAAAGUUGAAGAGAAUGCAGGCCAGAGGUGGUGUCAGAACUGGUGAGUCAAAUUGCAGCGAACACCGUAGAUUAUGCGAAUGGCAGAAGAGUUGAACAGCUUCAGAUGGGACGUUUUGGAGGGUGGAGGGGCUGGCUUGAUGACUGCGCCAUGCCCUUUUUUUCUUUUGCGAUAUCUGAAUUUUUAAAAGCUAACAUGUGGCCCAAGGGUAUGUGACAGAAUCCUUCAUCUUCAUCUGCAAUUCAUCAUCAGCGAAUACGAUGCCGAAGUUUAUGAUUUGAAGGAAGCGCAUAGCGGGGUAGCAACGGUAUGCUAACGACACAACAGUGGAAAGGGUACUCCAAGAAGAAAGGUCAAGAAUGUUCACAAGAGCACUGGAAUGGACGACAAAAAGUUACAGACUUCCCUCAAGAAGCUUAAUGUCCAACCCAUCCAAGCUAUUGAAGAAGUAAACAUGUUCAAGUCCGACGGAAAUGUUAUCCACUUCGCAGCACCAAAGGGUACUUUGACCUCACAAUACGAGCUACUGGACAUUACACUAACCUUCUAAUCAAUAGUUCAUGCUGCUGUCCCAUCCAACACCUUCGCAAUCUACGGUAACGGUGAAGACAAAGAGCUCACCGAGCUUGUCCCAGGUAUCCUUAACCAACUCGGCCCAGAUUCCCUUGCCUCCCUCCGCAAGCUUGCCGAGAGCUACCAAUCGAUGCAAAAGGCAGAAGCUGGCGAGGAGAAGAAGGAUGAUGAGGAGGAUGAUGACGAUAUCCCAGAUUUGGUCGAAGGAGAGAACUUUGAGGAUAAGGUCGAAUAAAUUUCCCGUACCCAAGGCAAAGUCAAUUAGGAAUGAUAUUAGAGAACCGGUGACGGCAUUGAUACGAGAACGAUCAUAUUCUUCUUUCUGGCUAUGUUACGGCAUUCGCUGCUCGAAUAUAAAAUUUCAGGUGGUCAGAAGGUUACUUAUCUGUACAAAAUCAUACUACACGUCAAGUCCUUCUAUAUGACAAUAUCAUUCGUAUUGAUCAAGAGCAUUCAGAUUCCGUUGUGUUCAAUCGGGAGAUAGAAGGAUCCAAUUUUUCUUCCGGUCAAUGGCUCGACGAGCUAGACAAGUUUGUAAUCCUGAACAGGUGACACUUCACAAUUUCACAGCCUCUAGUAUUUCCUAAAAGUAUUU